AUAGGUUCCUAGUGUUCAACAUUUCUUGAUCAUUGAUUUUUGUGAACUCUAUAGCUAAAAUGGUUUCAAAAGACUCACCCCCACCUUCACACUCAAGCAUUUUACAUCAAUUUAUAAACUCAGACUCCAUCAUGACUAGUCAAAUUGGUAGCCAACAUUUUGACAUGUAUCAAUCUGAUACUACUACUGCCUAUCAGCCUCAUGGUGGACUUUCUAGAUCCAUAGAGUUUGUUAAUCAUCCUGAUUUUACUACUGAUUCUCAUGAUGUUAACCAUAGUAGACAUUUGAUGGAUCUUCUUGGAGCUUCACAUGAUGCUAAUACUAACCAACAAGCACAAAGACUCUCACUUUCUUUAGGUUCACAUUCACUUGUUUCAAGUUUUACUAAUCCUAGUUAUAUGAACCAAGAAAUUGACCAAAGGAACAAUGAGUAUUCUUUCUCUGCAGCUGCAAUGAAUCAAUCUUUUUCGAAUGUUUGUGGAACUGAAUCUUUUGUUUCUGCUAUUGGUAACUCAAAGUACUUGAAACCAACUCGGUCUCUGUUGGAGGAAUUGGUUUGUAUUGGUGGCAAGACUAUUGAUUCAAGUAAUGAGAAGUUUAUUAGGCGAUUGUCGCGUAAUAGCAAGAAAGGAUCUUUAAGCCUUCGCACUAUGUUGAAAGGAGAAAUCCCACCAAGCAAUGAAUUGUUCAAUGAAAGACAUGAACUUUAUGUUAAAAUCAUGAAGCUCAUAGUCUUGUUGGAAGAGGUGGAAAGGAGAUAUGAGCAAUAUUAUCAACAUAUGGAAGAAGUUACUUCAACAUUUGAGGUAAUAGCAGGAUUUGGAGCAGGGAAAGCUUACACAGCACUUGCACUUCAAGCAAUGUCUAGACAUUUUUGCUGCUUAAGAGAUGCCAUCAUAUCUCAAAUUAAUGUCAUUAGACAAAAAAUGCUACGAGACGUGCCGAAAAUUAGCAGUGGCUUGUCACAUUUGAGUCUUUUUGAGAAAGAAACUCUGCAGAACAGAAUAUCUCUUCAGCAACUUGGAAUCAUUCAAGGUAAUCGACAAGCUUGGCGACCAAUUAGAGGAUUGCCAGAGACAUCAGUGGCAAUUCUUCGUUCUUGGCUAUUCGAACACUUUCUCCAUCCAUAUCCAAAUGACUCUGAAAAGCUUAUGUUAUCAUCUCAAACAGGCUUAUCAAAAAAUCAGGUUUCCAACUGGUUUAUUAACGCGCGAGUUAGGCUAUGGAAGCCCAUGAUUGAGGAAAUGUAUAAGGAAGAAUUUGCAGAAUCUUCAGUUGAAUCAGAUAAUUUGUUGAACAGAGAAGGUGUUACUGAUUCUGCAGAAGAAUGAAGGGUUGAAGUGAGAAGAAUGAGGAA